AUGACGUACCGCGACCACAACCUACAUGCAUACCCGCCCACCCGGCCACGGCCCCUCAUCGAGCAAAUACCAGACUAUCGUGAAGACCUCGAUGUAUCAGACGAGGAAGACGGAUUCUACCAACGCGAAGACGACUUCUUCCUCCCACCGAAGGUCCAGGCCGCCAUCCUCCGCACAACCGAUCGCAUCCCCCGGAGAAUCAAGCGCCACUGUGCCGCAUACAUUCUCGUCUUUUUCCUGGCCAUUGCCAGUUGGUGGACAUACUUUGGCCCGCGUCGCGCUGCAUUUGUCCAGGAACUGCAUCUGAUGGACCACGCGCCAACCAUGAGCUACGGCAGCCAGGUGCGCCCCGAGUUCAAGGGCAUGAUCCAGGUUACGGACAUGGACGAGCAGCAUUUGCCCAAGGAGAACAAGCGCCUCAUCUUCAUCGGCGAUGUCCACGGCUGCCGCGCCGAGCUCGAGCAUCUCCUCAACAAGGUCGCCUUUGACCAGUCGCGCGACCACAUCGUCAUGACGGGCGACAUGAUCGCAAAGGGCCCAGACUCUGCCGGGGUCAUCAAACUCGCCCGCAAGUACGGCGCCUCAUGCGUACGCGGAAACUGGGAAGACAAACUGCUCCUCUCCAUUGCCGAAGCCCAAGACCGCCACGUCCUCGUCAUGCCCACAUCCGACUCGGACGACUCGUCAAAACUCGACUUUGUCGGCGCACCCACCGCCUCCCAGGGCAACGCCAAGCUGCGUAAACUCGCAAAGCAAUUCUCCAAAAAAGACAUCGACUACCUCCGCCAGUGCCCCGUUAUCCUCCGCGUCGGCACCGUACCCACCCUCGGCUCCCUCGUCACCGUGCACGCGGGUCUCGUCCCCGACAUCCCGCUCGAGCAUCAAGACCCCUUCCACGUCAUGAACAUGCGCAGCAUCGACCUCAAAACGAGAAUUCCAUCCUCCAAGCACAAUGGCACCCCCUGGGAAAAAUUCUGGAACCAUCGCCAGCAGAAACUAAAGGCUAAAGAACGUACCACGGCGGUUUAUGGCCAUAAUAGGAAGAAGGGACUUAAUGUUCAUGAAUACUCGUUUGGCCUCGAUACCGGGUGUGUUAGUGGCGGCAAGCUUACGGCGCUUGUGGUGGAUGGGGAGGGGAAGUCGGAGAUUGUACAGGUCAAGUGUGGGGUUGAGGGGGGUUAUGGGAGUGAGUAG